UUGUUUUUUUUUCGCAGUACACGAAUCCGCAAGUAUGUGUUGAACAUUGUCAUCCACCCAACGUUGCGGGAGAGGAGGUUGUACGGAUGAGGAUACAAAUGCGAAACCAGGCCUGCAGCAGCAAAGUGAAACCUGUAGAUGUUCUCUCUACCUCCCUGCUACAAUCAUCUGAUGAUGCAAAGGCUUACUGCGGCAGGUUAUCAAGUGUAAAGAGGGAUAUAAGAAGACAGCGGCAAAGACUCUUUCCGGCAAUCCCGAAGGUUGUCGCAGACUUGCAUAUACCAGAAGAGUGGAAAACUACUGGAGGAACGUCACCUAGAAGAUUUCUAGCUCAUGAUUCGGGUCCGGGUUCUUCUCAACGACUGUUGAUAUUUUCAACUGAUAAUGGGUUACAAAACUUAACAAAUUCUCACACCUGGUUUAUGGAUGGAACGUUUAAAAUGUCAUCAAAUCUUUUUAAACAGGUAUAUGUAAUCCGUGGGGAGCAGAACAAUAUUAUUUCAACUUGCGUAUAUGCCCUAAUGACAGAGAAGACGACAGAAAUGUAUAAAAAGCUUCUUCAAGUUGUUUUAAUAAAGUGCUUGGAGUUAGGUAACACAGCAAGACCUAAAGUCGUGAUGACCCACUUUGAAUUAGCAGCCAUGUCAGCUGUAUCGGAGGUUUUUAGUUCCAGCGUUUCAGUGAAAGGCUGUUAUUUCCACUUAUGCCAGAGUACAUGGCGGCAAAUUCAGCGUCUCGGUCUUACGAAAAGUUACAAAGAAGAUUCUCAAAUCCGACUUUUCUGCGGUAUGAUUAACGGUCUAGCUUUCUUGCCGAUGAAGGACGUUCUGUUGGGAAUGGAGUUUCUAUGGGGAGCUGCUCCUUUUCAGCUUUUGGAGUUAUUGCAUUACUUUGACACCACAUAUGUAAGCGGAACCGUUGGACAAACCCCUAGUUCUCCAUUGUUUUCUCCUAGAGUGUGGAACGUCCACGAGGCCACGUUAGGUAACUACCAUCGUACCAAUAACGCUUGCGAGUCCUGGAACAAUAGGUUCAACAGCCUAAUAAACCAGAACAAUCCAUCAAUCUGGACCGUCUUAGAAGCUAUACGUAAGGAUGAAGCAAUGGAAAGAACAAGAUCUCUAUCUUUGACGCAAGAUGUGCCCACUACAAAGACUAGUCUCCAAAAACACCAGCGAAGGCUUCAGGGACUUUGCCAAGACUAUGUUUCUGGAAAGAGAGACCUGCCCAGUUUUCUGAGAGCUGUAGGCUCUACGAUAAGAUAUUAUUAA